AUGAGAGAUAAAUCAAAAAAAGCAAGCAAAUCUCAAUUGAAACGCAUAAGAGAAAGUCUAGAUGAUGAGAUCUCUUCAGAUGAAGAGAUACAACAAGAAAAAAAAGGUUAUAAAGAUAUUAGUAUUGAAGAAGAUGACUUUUUUGAGACUUAUGAUGAAAGGAAAAUAUCAAUGGCAAAGAAAUAUCUGAAAAAGUUAGAUAUCAUGGAUAAUGAAGGCAGUUAUGACUUAUCUGGUCUGGAAGAUAAAAUACAAAAGAAAGAAUUAGCGAAUAAUUUGAAACUCUCAACUAAAACCUUCUAUAAAGGCCAUAAAUUAAGUGUAACAUGUAUUUCAGUAUCUGAUGAUAGUAAAAUAGCAUAUACUGGGGGUAAAGAUUGUGCUAUGAUUAGAUGGGAUCUAGAAACAGGUAAUAAGACAAUAUACUCUGGUAGAAGAAAACAGUUUGAUUGUGGAGGGCAUUUUGAACAAAUUAAAAGUAUAUGCAUACAAAGAGAUAAAAACUUGAUAUGUACAGCUGGAGUAGAUCGCGUGAUUAGACUAUGGGAUUCAAGAAGCCCUAAUUGUAUAGAUAAACUACAUGGUCAUACAGAUACAAUAACGGGCUUAGUUAGUGAACCAAAUUCUGAUAUGAAUCAAAUAAUUUCAGUAUCAUAUGACAAGACAUUAAAAUUAUGGAGCUUAGAUUCUAGAGCUCAUAUGAAUACAUAUUAUGGUCAUACAAAUCAUAUUACAUCUUGUGAUAUUGCAAUCAGGGAUCGACCUUUGACGGGUAGCGAAGAUUAUACAUCUAGAUUAUGGAAACUUUCAGCUGAUUCUCACUUAAUAUUCCAUUCAGAGAAUUCUAAUAAUAAUAAAGUUAAUACUCCAAUAGAUUCAGUUUGUUGUAUAGAUAAUUCUACAUUUUUAACUGGGACACAAGAUGGAAGUAUACAGUACUGGUCACAAUUUAAAAAGAAACCAUUAUUAUCUUGUAGCAAAAUACAUAAUAGCAUAAUAUCUAUAAGAAAUAUUAAAUUUUCAGAUUUAGUAUUUACAGGAGGUCAUGAUGGAGUUAUUAAAGCAUGGAAAAUACAAAGUAAUCAGAUAAUUAAUCUGAAUGCUAACAUAGAAAUUGAUGGAUUUGUUAAUAGUAUGGAUGUUACAGAUCAAGUUUUAGUAGCUGCUAUUGGACAAGAACAUAGAUUAGGAAGAUGGGAAACUGUAAAAUAUGCUAAGAAUGGGAUACUAGUACAAUCACUUGAGUUUUGUUCUGCUGAUUAA